GAGCAGCAUCAGGUGCUGCCAUCGUCAGUGAAGCCUCAGAAUGUGCACCAAUUUGGUCGACUUGUUCGCCUGCAUCAAACCGCAGACGGAGACGGAGACAGAGCCGGAGACAAUGCCCGCCGAGACACUCGACGGCCUGGGGAACAGCCAUCGGCGUAGCAUGCUGGUGGAUGACAUGGCGGCCUACGAUCUCGCCGAGCAGCUGCACCAGGAGAUGCUGCGCGAGAAGGAGAAGGAGCAGCAGCGUCUCAGCCUGGGGAGUCGCUCCAAGCGACAGCUGCGUGCCCCCAGGCCCAAUCUGCCGCCUGCGAAGCAUCUGCCCGCCCCCACCUGCAUACGUCCGCUGGCGCGGGAGAAGCGCAACUCCUUCGAGACCCUGGAGCGCUAUGAGCUGGUCUUUAGCGUACCCAUCGGCUCUGAACACUGCCUUCCCGAUCAGUUUUAGUGGGACACGGAUUAAAGGCCCGCCA